AUGGAGAAACUUCGGUGCAGCCUGCGAGACCUUGAGUACGAGCGUGCCUGCUCCGAUCAAGCUCGUCAAAGUUGGAUGCAGUGCGAUCGUGAGGCCCGCGAACUCCAAAACCGGCUUACCGCCAUCGAGGACGAUUUCGCUGCCCAACAGGAGGCUCUACAUAAGAUCCUUGCGCCGGUUUCGCGCUUUUACACACAUAUGGACCCCCUUGUCUCUAUCAGCAACCUUGUCAACGACUUUCUUGCUGAGCGACAUAGUACCGAUGAGCGAUUUUUGGACGUCCGUGCUGAAAAUGAUCGACUCAAACGCCAACUGCUAGACCUUCAAGGAAAGUUGGAAUACGAAGAACGUAUACGAAUUCCUUUUGUUCUUCUUACACCCAUAGGAAAACUGGCCGUGCUUGGUGAACGUUCUCGCCAGCUGGAAUCGGAAGCUGCCCGUCUGCGUCAAAACGCCGAGCUGGUAGGUUUCUGCCUCUGA